AAAACAACAGUUGUCAGAUGUUCAAAAGCAAGGGCGACGUUGGGCGUGAUCUAACGUUGUAUUUCUGCGCGUAAGAGGUAAUGAAAGAAUUCGAGUCCAGCACAAUGCUUGCAACUGCAGGAGAUACCGUGAAACUAUGGAAUACCCAAAAUUAUUCUUUAUACCAAGAGAUACCUUCUGUCAAUGGACGUGUUAUUGGCCUGACCUGGAAUCAAGAUGGGCAGUGCCUUGCUGGCUUGGGGGAGACUGGUGAAGAGAUCAUUUUAUCUGCUAUUAAUGCCAAAUCGGCAGCUAUGAUUGGGGUUGUCAGAGGAGUGGAUUCCCCAUCAUGUGUUAAGUUUGCCAGUCGAUCUCCACAUUAUUUAGGGAUUGGAUCCAAAGAUGGAUCUGUGGCUAUAUGGAAUGUGAAGUCGCAAGCACAAAAGAAAGUAUUUGCUAUCACAGACACAAGCAUCACAAAAAUAAGCUUCAGCCACAAUGACUCACAUAUUGCAGCAGCCUCCAAAAAAGGAGCAAUCUUUCUCCUUUCUGUUGUCAAUAACUCUUCAGCAGGACCGUUCAAGGUCUUUGAUAAUAAGGCUAUAACAGACCUAGUAUAUAGCAGAGCAAAGAAAUCUCUGCUAGGGUGUUGUUCAGAGGAAGGCUCCGUGUCCUUGUUUGAUUCGCAUGCCAACAAGGUGAUUCACUCUUUCAAGGGAGCACAUUCUUCACCAGCUGCCUCAGUGUCCUUUUCUCCAGUCAACGAACUGUUGAUGAUAUCUGUGGGUUAUGACAAGAAAUUUGCUUGUUAUAAUGUACAGACAAAGCAGCCCCUGAUGACUCACCGCAGUUCAGCCCCCCUCACCAGUGCAGCCUUCCUCAGUGGUGGCCAGCAAGUCGCACUGGGCACCAUGACUGGACAAGUAUUUAUUCACGAUCUGCGCAGUCUUCGCACACCCUUGGCUACCAUCUCAGCUCACACAAAGGCUGUUACCAGUAUCCUUGUGCAGCCAGCGACCCGAACAGCAUCUGAGAGCAGUGCUGGUGGUGUGAAAAAGAACACUAGGCAGAAGAACAAUUUAGAAGCCCUAACAUCUCUCAAAACAUCCAAAUCAUGCUCGGACCAGCCAUCUGAGGGAUCACAAGUGGAUGCAAGUGUCAAGAAGAAAACCACUUUGGCUCCAGGAACUUCAGUGGAUCCUUCUCAUGAUGUGUUGUCACCUGAUGUCUUUUCUCCAAUCAGGUCCACAGAGCACCCAGUGAAGGUGAAUAUUGAACAAGUUAAGAAGUUUUCCUCCUUAGAACGACAUAGUUCAAGAGAUUCUCUUGGUAUGGAUGAUGUUUUAUCUCCAGUGCGGCCAAUAACACAUGCUCCAGAAACAGUUGCUUCACCUCACACUUUAGUUGUAACAUCUCACAACCUAGAUGAUGAUAUCUUUUCUCCAGUAAGAGGAGCAUCUAGUAAUACAGCACUGCCAAAGAUUUCUGCUGGAAUAUUGGAAUCUUACAGAGGACAUGAUUGUGAAGAUGACCUACUAUCUCCAAUCAGAUACAGAAGUAAUUUCAGGCAGCAGCCUGGUAGUGCAGGAACUGCAUCACCAAAUAUACCCCAGAUUACCACCAGUGAUGACUUAUUUGAAGAAUUACCCAUUUCUCAGAAUGAAAAUUCUAAAGACAAAGAAAAUGUCCAACCCUCAGAUGCAGGCAAACUAAAUAAUAACGCAAAUGCCUAUAAUAAAGGAACACCUGUUCGAGCAGCCCAUUUAGAGGAAGCUUCACCUGCCAGUGUUCUUUCUUUACAUAAUCAAGUUAAUGAUGGCAAAGUCAAGAACAUAUCAAGUGCCAAGAAACCUGAUAGUAUAAUCACAUCUGAAACCAAGAUUAUGCAAAAUGUAACUACAGCUGAGGUGUCUAAAACUCCAGAACUAAUGAAUCCACUUAUCAAACUCAGCCACUCCAGAAAGACUGAAUCUCCAGCAGACCUCCCAUCACAGUCUGCAAAGUUUCAUGUAGAAGAAGCAACAACUCCCAGCAGGUAUCAAUACACAAGAUCAUCACCACCUCACAAGCGAGCCUUCUUGCGACCAGUGCACACAAGCGAUCUCUUUUCUCCUGCUGAUAGCACAGUGGACCAGAUUCAAGUUGGUGGUACACCUAAGCAAGAUUUAUCAGCAGAUGUACCUAAACUUGGUAGCGAUGGAACUCAUGUGCUGCAAGUUGAUUUGAUACGUAACUGCAUGGCAGAAGUUCUUGAAGAAUUUCAAGAUGACAUUAAUCGCCGUCUAAUGCACUUGCAGUGUGUGGUCAUGAAACAGUUUUUGAAACAGCAGGAAAUAAUGGAACAACUUCAUCGGCAGUAUUCUUUAAAUGAAGACUUGCUUCAAGAAAAUGAAAAAUUGCGGCAGGAGGUCAAACACUUGAAGGCAAAUUACUAGAAAUAUAGGAAACAUGUCUGCCAUUUUGAUCUUGUAUCUCUUGUCUGUUUUUAAGCUUUUAAUGUCUAAUUAUUGAUAUAUUUUAUUAAAAGGAUGUAAAUAAGAAGAAAAACUAAAAUAUAAUAUAAAGCUAUAAAUUCACUUUCAAUAUCCUCUUUUGAAAUUCAUUUUUAUAUCAUGUUUCUAAAUCAUUAUGAACAGGUUCUAUGAAAGCUGGUCAGCUAAGAUGUAUCUGAU